UGGCUGACUUUGGCUCUUCCUUUAUCAGAAAAGGCAGCAAAGACCAGAGAAGCUUUUUGAAUGGACAAAGGAGAGGCCUCCCCCUCCGGAACCAAGCCUCUGUCCACCCUGUGAGUUUACAACCUCUACAGAUACUUCAACCCCGCCAAGAUCAGGAACGGCCAACUGAAUCUUCAAGAAGAGCCAUGGGUGGGAGAAGUUCGACACAAGUAAGCAGUGAAGCUGAAGAGAAGUCUGCCAAGGAACAAGGAAACUUCUCAGAUCUAACUGCAUCAGGAAAAGCCACACUUGACAUUGCCAUCACGGGACUGACAGGUGCUGGUAAAUCGUCCCUUGUCAAUGCCUUGCGGGGUCUAUCAGAUUUUGAAGAUGAGGCAGCCCAUAUUGAUGUGAUAGAAGGAACAACAGAGCCAAUAGGUUACCUGCACCCCACCAUUCCAGAUGUCACAAUAUGGGACCUACCAGGAAUUGGGACACCUGAUUUUAAAGCUAAGGAAUACCUGGAAAGAGUAAAUUACAGCCAGUAUGAUUUCUUCAUAAUCGUUGCUUCAAAUCGCUUCACCGUCUACGACAUCCAGCUGUCCCAGGCAAUUCAGAAAAUGAAGAAGCAGUUCUGCUACGUGUGGUCCAAAAUGGACAUCAGCAUUAAGAAUGCCAAACUGCAUCCAGACUUCAAUGAGGAAGCAACCCUUCAAAAAGUCAGGAAAUAUUGCCUGGAUAAUUUGGUGAAGGCUGGUAUUUCUUCUCCGGAGAUUUUCCUAAUUUCCAGUUGGUUUCAGGAAAAGUACGAUUUCCCCCUCCUGCAAAGGACUCUGAGGAGACAUAUCUUGAGACCAGCUGACAAAUCAACCAAACCAUCCAAAGAAAGUGGAAUCCGUUUUAUCUUCCUCCAAAAAAUCUUAAAAAUCGACCUUUCAAAGCUGAGGGAUAAACUGAUGAACAGAAAUCUUGAGGAGGUGGCUGAGGAAAUUCGUCAAGAAUUGGAGGAAUUACAAAAUGCCAAGCUUGACAUUGCCAUCACAGGAGUCUCGGGUGCUGGCAAAUCAUCCCUUGUCAAUGCCCUGAGGGGCAUGACAGAUUGGGAAGAAGAUGCAUCUGAGGUUGGAAUAACGCAAACAACUAUGGAGUGUCAAGCCUAUCCACAUCCCUUAUUUCCAAACGUAACCAUAUGGGAUCUACCAGGGAUUGGGACCCCUGAAUUUAGACCAAAGGAUUACCUAGAGAAGGUCCAUUUUAGCCAGUAUGAUUUCUUCAUGAUUGUCGGCUCAGAACGUUUCACUGAGAAUGACGUCCUCCUGGCCCAGGAAAUUAAGAAAAUGAAGAAGAAAUUUUACUUUGUGCGCUCCAAAAUGGAUGACAGUAUGGCUGCCGAAAGUAGGAAUCCAAACUUCGAUAUGGACACAUCCAUUCAGAAGAUACGAAAACAUUGUUAUCAUGAACUGACAAAGGCAGGAGAAUCUAAUCCAAGGGUUUUCCUCAUCUCCAGGCGAGAUUUGAGUAUGUAUGAUUUCCCAGAUCUGCAAGAAACCUUGGAAAAUGACCUGGAUGAUCUCAAGAGACAUGCCUUAAUUCUGGCUAUGCCCCUUUUCUCCAGAAAAAUCCUGGAAAAGAAAAAGGCUGCUAUGCAUGCCCUUAUAUGGAAACUUGCUAUUGUAUCCAGUGUUAUCGGGGCGAUUCCUGUCCCAGGACUUUCUUUGGCUUGUGAUCUUGGCAUCUUGGUAGCAGCGCUGCUCCGUUUCUACAAAGUCUUUGGCUUGGAUGAAGAGUCCCUCCGCAGAGUUGCAAAAGUGUUUGGCAAAGAUUACCAAGUGCUAAAAUCUGCUAUCAAAAAGUCUCCCAUGUCUAGUGAGAUUACGCGCAAAUUUGUAGCUGGCCUUUUGGCCCGGUCAUUGCUUUGGGCCAGUGUGAGAGUAAUAGAACUGGUCUUGGAUUUUGUACCAGUGUUGGGGUCUCUGGUUGGAGGAGUUAGUUCCUUCGUCACCACAUUCUUCAUGCUGAGGAGUUUCCUGAAAAAUAUUGUAGAGGAUGCAGAGAAUGUUCGGGCAAAAGCUACUGAGCCUUGACCAUCAUGAUGUUCCGUCACAAAAACCCAAGACACCAAUUGGGAAAGGAAUCUCAGGUGUAAAAUGUGUUGAAUUAUUCACAGGACCAGAACUCAAGAAUGAACGAAUAAGGAAACUGGAUUUGAAUAUCAGAUGAGAAGGUUACUUUUUUUUAAUUGACCCCCAAUAUAAUUGAACGUUUUAGUAUGAAAUAACAAAAAAAAUAUUCUGUCUAGAUGGUUCCAGAUCUGAAGCCUCCUUUCCCCCUCCCUGCUGGUCCAAAGAGCCAUUCAGGGCCUCUGAAGAAUUGCAGGCACAGCACAAUUCAAAUCAGAAUUUUCUCUUUUAAAAAGAUACACGCUAGCUAAUAGUAUGUUUUUGUGACCUUCCUUUGCCUGCUUUGCACAGCAGCCCUUAGUCUGUGACAAGCUUUUUACCAUAAAUCAUCUGUAGCCAGCAUGGCCAUGGCAAAUAUAACACAUUUUUGAACUUUUACUCCUUUGAUUUCAG